UCCGUGACGCACUUCCUAUUUCAGAAAGAGAACAUGGCGUCUGGGACAGAGGUUGUUGCUGCCAGCGGUGAAGAGGAGGUUACUGAGGCUCCAACGGGACAGAAGAGAGAGGAGAGGCUCAGAAAGUUCAGAGAGCUUCAUUUUAAAAGGAAUGAGGCUCGUAAGCUGAACCAUCAGGAGGUGGUGGAGGAGGACAAGAGACUGAAGCUGCCAUCUAACUGGGAGGCCAAGAAAGCUCGUCUGGAGUAUGAGCUCACGGUGGACCAGAAGAAGAAGGAAUGUGCAGAGCGUGGGGAGGACUAUGACCGUGUGAAGCUCCUGGAGAUUAGUGCUGAAGAUGCUGAGAGAUGGGCAAGGAAGAAAAAGAAGAGGAACCCUGAUCCAGGAUUCUCGGGGUACGCUGAGGCCCAGUUGAGACAGUACCAGAGACUGACAAAGCAGAUCAAGCCUGAUAUGGACAACUAUGAGAAACAGAGAGAAGAGUGUGGUGAAGAUUUCCAUCCGACACCAAAUAGUCUGAUUCACGGCACUCACGUCCCUUCUAAAGUGAGCAUCGACCGUAUGGUGGAGGACGUCGAGAAACAGAUUGAAAAGCGCUCAAAAUACAGUCGUCGCCGAGCCUACAACGAUGAUUCCGACAUCGAUUAUAUCAACGAGAGGAAUGCCAAGUUCAACAAGAAGGCCGAGCGGUUCUACGGUAAAUACACAGCAGAGAUCAAACAGAACCUGGAGAGAGGAACAGCCGUGUAACCAUGGAAACUGUUGCUAUGAAUGUCACUUUUCCAUCUGCCAAGCAACCAUACAGAAGUCAUACACAAAUGUUUUUAUCUUCGUGUGAAAUUAUAAAGUCUCUCUCUUCUCUGUGGUGGACAAACUCAUGGAAGAGGUGUACAUUUAAAUUCUUUUUUUUUCUUAUGCUAUCAUUGAAAGCUUUAUUAUUGAUAUGAAUACUUUUACCUGCUAAAGUGGACAUUUUCUGUCAGUGUUUUUGCUUUUGUGUGUAAAUUCAUUGUUUCCACAGUAGUUGACUAGUAGUUCAGUAAAAACAAUUUCAUACCACAAUUCAUUGUACUUUGUGAUUUAACUUUAUAUGACGGAUGUUUUUUCUUACUAUAAACAUGGUGGAUUUUAUAUUGCACAGCUAUGAAGUUGCUCCUGUAGUUUUAGUGAUAAUGGUUUGGGCUUGUUUAAGCAAAUUAGGUGUGUUCUGCACCAAAAAACAGAAAAAAUGCAUUGAAAUUUCCUUAUGUGUGUGGGUAAGAGACCGUAAUUAAGCAAGAAAAAAAAUGAGCAUGAUAAUUAAACGUGAUCAUUUAUCUUCUGG